UAUCUGUUUAUUUAAUCUAUGUGCUUAAAAAAUACCCCAGCCACACGUGUGUGCUAGAGACGUGUAUUCAAAGUAUCGGUUACAGACUUUAUAAAGCUGCAGCUUAGGGGAUAAUUUCUUGUGUAUGGGAUUGUAAGCAGAACGUUCGAUCGUUAAAAGAUGCCGAAGUUCUUCAUGUGGUUGAUGCUGUGGUUUAUGGCCGUGUGGUACGGUUUGAAGGUGCUGUUCAACAUUUUAAAAGAAUGUUGCCUUGUCGGCUGCAGGAAGGUAUUCCACUGGAAGGUGAUAUCUAGGCCCGCUUGUCUGGAUGACCCAACACUGGGGACACAUGGGUUUCUUGACUUAAAGGACGUGACCAUCCAUUACGUGGCCAGUGGACCUGAGGGCGGCCCCUUGAUGCUGUUUGUUCACGGUUUUCCUGAGUUCUGGUUUUCAUGGCGCCAUCAGAUCAGAGAAUUCCAGAAAGAUUACAGAGUUGUUGCCAUAGACCAAAGAGGGUACGGGGAAUCUUCCAAGCCAAAAGGAAAGAAAGCCUAUGUGAUGAAUGCCUUGGUGUCAGAUCUCAAACAGGUCAUUGAGGCAUUAGGUUACCAGAGCUGCACCCUGGUGGCACACGACUGGGGUGGCGUUGUUGUCUGGCCCUUCGCCAGGCUCCACCCCCAGAUGGUGGACAAGCUGAUCGUCUUGAAUGCCCCGCCUGGUCCAGUCUUCCAGAAUGUUCUCAAGAAAAACAAGAAGCAGCUGAAAAUGUCUUGGUACAUGUUUUUCUUCCAACUGCCGUACCUUCCCGAGGUUUGGGCCCGAGUGUGUGACCUGGAGGUGAUCGACUGCAUGUUUGGUGGGAAACAUUCACGCAUCAGUGGCUUCCCAGUCAUCUACAAAACACCUACGCCAUUUACCGAGGAAGAGAUUGCGGCCUACAAAUAUACCUACUGUCAGCCUGGAUCAAUAACUGCCCCUAUCAACUACUACAGAGCUAGUCUUCAGCUGCCACAGGAGAAGAUCAACUAUGAUCUAGAUUACGACAUGCCUGUGUUACUUAUUUGGGGCUGUCAAGACUUGGCGCUAUGCAAGGAGAUACCAGAGGAGACAAAGAAAAUGAACCCUAAAAUUACAGUCAGGUACAUAGAGGAGGGUGGACAUUUUGUACAGAUGGAUACACCAGAGCUGGUGAAUAGUGCAAUUAGAGAAUGGCUUCAUCGACAGAAAUGAAAAGCGUUUUGUGAAUAAACUGAAAUUGUGAUGUAAAAAACAA